AUGAAAAUGUAUCUGCAUGCACAGGAGCUGGCCAGGCAGCUCCGGCGAGAUGUCAUCCCUAUUCUGCAGCCCGCUGGUGUCAAGCUCUUCUUGGUGUCCAUCGGCCCUCCAGAGCGUGGCCUCGAGUUCUGCAAGGUCACCAAUUUCCCUCCAGAACAGAUGCUGGCCGACCCUGACAACAUCCUAUACGACGCAGUCGGUUUCUACAGGGGGGUGGGAGUCACGUUUUUCAACUACAACACGCCCCUUUCCAUCCUUCGGCGGUUCCUCAAAAAUGGGGCCGCAGACCUUGGGGAGGCCAUGCAGUUGUGGAAGAUUUGGAUCCCACCAAAAAUUGAGCAGUCGCUGCAGCAAGGCGGCUCACUGGUCUUCCAGGGCAGUGAGUGUGUCUUUGCAAACUAUGAGGAGGCGACUGGCGCCCAUGUGGACUUGGAUGCCUUGGUGCGAGCCGCCCUGGGGACUAAUCAGUCACCGUGA